AUGGUUUUCCCUUCUAGACGCCAAAUCCCCGGCUUCUCCCUCUACAACAACCGCUCACAACCACCACCACCACCACCCGCCACCACCACCAUGUCGGCUUCCACUUCCACCUCUGUCCCCGCCGCCAGGCCCAAUCCCCCUUCCCCUUCGUCGUCGCGCAAGGCCGCAAAGGCUUCGGCGUCGUCGUCGGCACCCUCGUCCCGCCCGGCCCAGCGCCCAGUGGACCCAUUCUACGGCCACGAGGAGACCGCAGUGCUCUGCGCUCGUUUUAUCACCUCGCUGUUCCAGUGCCCCAACAUCCCCACCGCCACCCACCCCGGUGCGCCCACCCCGACUCUGGCUCACUUUGUCGCCUACGCUCUCCACCGCACGCGUUUGCCAUCGGUCGUCACGUUUGCCGCCCUGCUGCUGCUGCAGAGGCUAAAGACCCGCUUCCCCGCCGCCCGCGGCUCGUCGGGCCACCGCCUCUUCAUCUCGGCGUUCAUGAUCGCCUCCAAGGUCAUCUGCGACGACACGUACUCGAACCAGUCGUGGUGCAUUGUCGGCCAGAAGAUGUUCCUCCUCAAGGAGAUCAACCAGAUGGAGCGUGAAAUGUGCGGCUACCUCGAGUGGAACCUCAACGUGUCGGGCGAGGAGGUCGCCGACUUUGAGGCCCGCGUCCGUGCCGAGCACGGCCCCCGCGCGGUCGCCCGCGAGACCUCGCGUGUCGCCUCGUCCGAGUCGGUGUCGUCGAUGCCCUCGUCGUCGUCUGCCGCUGCCGCCGCCGUCGCCGCCGCCGUCGCUGCCCACGUCUACCCUUCGCCCGAGACCACCCCGGAGACCUGCUCCAUGUCGCGCCCCAUCAAGCCCGUGCCCACACCUCACAAGCGCAGUGCAUUUCCGUCCCCAGCCUCCAUGCGCAACUACCUCCACCCUUCGCACGUCUCGCCCCAGCCCCCAGCGCUCGCCUCGGCGUCUUCGUCACUAGCGUCGUCGCCCGCCUCGGAGGACUGCAAGACUCCCUCCCCAGUCGCCAUGGCAUCCAGGCCAAAGCGCCAGGUUCUCUCCCGCACGGCUUCCGGCAAGCCUGUGGUCGACCUCGAGCACGGCUUUGCAUCGCACGCGCGCUCCAUGCACAUGAGCGGCCAGCCCCUCAGCGUCGGCGCAUGGUAA